AUGUCCCUUCCUUCAUGCUUAUUUGAAGAUAGAUUUACAGUAAAUAGUGUGGAUAGUGGUAAAUUUGAACGUAUAGGGAGAAUCCGUGGAAAAAGUGUUGGUUUAGAUGCAGAUUUAAUAUUAGAUAUUAAUAGCGAUCUAUUUCCAGUAAGAGAAAAGGAAAGCCUCUAUAUUGGUCUCUCAACUCAAGUAUCGCAGAAUCCAAGUGAUGUAGUUUGGGAUAGUGCUGCACCCCAAACAUUAAUGGACCAAUAUGACUAUGUAAUGUAUGGGAAGAUAUAUCGUGUUGAAGAGAAACAAUCCGAUAGGAGAACCUUAUAUGCAUCUUAUGGAGGUCUUUUAAUGGCAUUAACUGCAGAUAAAAACCUUGUUGGAGACUUCACGCUUGAUAUGAGGCUAUAUUGUCUAGUUAGAAGAUCUGAAGAUAUAAUUUAA